AUGAUGGCAGCGCACUACGGUGGUGUACCACCAGGGCCCUACGGCUAUGCAGCUAUGUAUGCUGCACCUCACCCUGGCAUGGCCCAAGGCGCUGCAGGGGCAGUGGCCCCAUCCCCUUACGGUUACCCACCUCCUCAAUCGGCGGACGGCUCUGAGGUGCCAGCAGCAGCAGCAGCGAUGAUGGGAAUGACCCCGAUGGGCCCCAUGGCCAUGCCAGCAGCACAGGGCUACCCCGGCAUGCCCAUGGACUACUCCCAUGAUGCCAUGGCUGCUGCUGCCGCUGCCGCCGCCGCCGCCAGUGCUGCCGGCGGGGCUGCUGCUGCUGGGUCGGCCCCACCAGCAGCUGCCGCGGCGCCUGCUGCGCCUGCUGCCCAAGCUGCCCCUUCGAAGCGCAAAAGGUCGUCUCAGCAGUCACAUGGUCAAGAUGGCGCUCUUGCUACCACUGGAGGGACGAGCCUCGCCCAUCCGCACACCCAGGCGGCACCAGGCUCGGGCCAAGCCUUGGCCCUGGCCUCAGGCUCGGCGGGAGAGUACACGUCCAUGCCUUCAAGCCCAUCCGAAGGCCCCUCUGCUUCGGCAGCAGCUGCGGCUGCUGCUGCUGCGGGUGCUGGUGGGGGCGGUCAUGCUGCUGCUGGGGGAGCAAGAGGGGGCGUGGGUGGCGGAAUGGCGUAUAACCCCAUGGGUGCGUCUGCUGCGGAUAUGUGGACUGGCGCUGCUGCUCCUGCUGCUGUGGUGCCGCCUCCCUCCCUGGGGCAGGGCGUUGGGGGGAAGCUGGGGGCACGAGCGGUAGGGGCGCGGGCAGGAGGGGAUGGGGGCGACGUGGGAGGGAGUCUGAUGUACCAGGUGCCGUUUCGCGGGGACGAGAGGGAGGUGAAGAGGCAGAGGCGGAAGCAGAGCAACAGGGAGAGCGCGAGGCGGUCGCGGCUGAGGAAGCAGGCAGAGUGUGACGAGCUCAUAGCGCGGCAGACCGCCGUGCAGAUGGAGAACAUGGGGCUAGCCGCGGUAUGUACCCCCUUUGCCUCUCUCCUCUUACCUCCUAGUCCCCUCUUCCUGCCAUGCUGUGACGAGCUCAUAGCGCGGCAGACCGCCGUGCAGAUGGAAAGCAUGGGGCUAGCCGCAGCAUGUAUGUACCCACUUCCCUCUCCCCUCUUCCCUCCUCCCUCUCCCCCCUCCCCUCUCCCUCAUUGCUGCUCGCCACGCGAAGCAGAGAGACCAUCUGAACGCCAUGAGCUAGCAAAGGUGCGGGAGCAGUACGCCUCCCUGUGUGCUCAGAACGCCCAGCUCCGAACCAUGCUUCAAGAAUCGGGCAUAGACCCAUCAGCAGAAGGAGCGGCCUUCCCACCAGCAUCGUACAACCCGGUGCACAAGUAUCAGCUAACCUCCGUACCGCCCAGUACCGCUCAUGCACCACCACCACCGCACGAGCCUUCAACUGCCCCUCCCCCUGCUCAUCCUCCCCCCUCUUCAUCAGCACUUGAACCCCUACAACCCGCCUCUACUGCCCUUCUCCCUGCUCCUCCCUCUGCACCUCAUUCUGCCUCUGUUGCUGCUCCUUACCUGCCUGAGAAACCCGAGCCUGCACCCCUUCCUGCUCUGGGGCUCCUUCCUGAAGCAGCACCCGAGCCUGCGCCCGAGCCUGUACCCGAGCCUGAAUUUGUAGGUCCGGUGCCAGGUUUGGCAGAGGAGCAGCAGCUGCUGUUGUCAGGGGGGGAGGAACCAGGGUUGGGAGGCGGGAUGGGGGGGGAAGGUGGAAUAGUAGUGCUGGGGGUCCAAGGGGGGAGUGAGGGGUUAGAAUCUGGUCAUGGCGAUGAGCUACAAGCAAGGGUGGAGAGAGAGCAGGGAGGGGAAGUACCUCAUACGGUGGAGGGCGCUGAGGCAGGGGCAGGCGCAGAGGCAAUGGCUGGGAUGGUGGAGGUGCAAGAAGGGGUGGCACAGGGAGGGGACGAGAUGAACGUGCAGGUGACGCAACAGGCGGAGCAGGAGGAGCAUGGAGUGGCGUUUGAUCAGGGGAAAGAGGAGGAAACUGCAGCAUGGGAGGAUCGGAAAGAGGAGGAGGUGAAGGAGCAGCAGCAGCAGCAGCAGCAGCAGCAGCAGCAGCAGCAGCAGCAGCAGCAGCAGCAGCAGCAGCAGCAGCAGCAGCAGCAGCAGCAGCAGCAGCAGCAGCAGCAGCAGCAGCAGCAGCAGCAGCAGCAGCAGGAGCAGCAGCAGCAGCAGCAGCAGGAACAGCCAGAAACGGGGCAGCAGUCUGAGCAGCAUGAGCAGCAGCUAGAGCAGCAUAAGGAAGAAGAGGUGGUUGGUGCUGGAGGGGAGGGGAUAAGAGAGGUGGACGGGGGGGAGGAUGGAGCAGCAGAGGAGGGUGGGAGGCAUGAGGGUGCCCCAUUGGUGGGCGGGGAGGAGCAGCAGCAUGUGGGAGACAACAAUGAGAGCGGGCAAGGGGUGGCUGAGACAACCGAGACUGCACAGGGGCAGGAGGGUGGGGGGAUAGUGGAGGCGCAGCAAGAGAAGCCUGAAAAUGAAGCCAAGGAACCAGACGGAUUGGCAGUUGCAGAUGAGGGAGGGGCAGGGAACGAGCAUGAGCAGCACCCGAGUGAUGGGACAGAUCAUGGGGUCUCUGAGCCUUCUCAGCCAGUGGAGGAAGGGACAAAAGAGCAAGGAGAGGGUCUGAAGGCUGCAGCGGGCUAUGCUGUUGGUGCGGGAGUAGGUGCAGAGCCUCCCCUAGAAGCAGCAGCUGCAGCGGCGGCGGCAGCAGAGGGGGAGGAAACAGAGAUGGUAGAUGCUAGUGCAGCUGAAGGAUCAGCAGGUGAAAAGGAGAAGCAAAGGAGGGGUGAGACUGAUUUAGCAGGUAGAGACAGAGAAGGCUCCAAGGUUGGUGAAGAAAGCACGGAGGUUGGUGUAGGUGCAGCAGGAACGGAGGGGCAAGGGGGAAUCAAGGAUGGUUCAGUUGCAGGCACAGCUGUGAUGGCACCAACGAGUAUCGGUGAAGCCAUAGCUGGGGAUGUACCUGCUGAGGCCUGUAAAGGUGCUGAGGCUGCGCCAGUGGCUGAUGAACAUGCAACACCAGUGGAGGGUGCUGCAGGGGAGGGCGUUACUGGAGAGGUUACCACUAAGGAGGGUGUUGCUGUGGAGAGUGGUGCAGGGGAGGGUGCUGUAGAAGCAACGGAGGGGAAAGAGGUGGCAGGGCCAGAGGCCGCAGGUGGGAUACCGUCGGUGUACGCCGCCCACUUACGUCGUAAUUACCUCCCUUCCGGCCGUCGUGGUGUGCAGGAUUCCCCCAUGAAGCUGGCGAUUGUGGAGAAGGUGGUCGGCCGCACGGGGUCCCGCGGUCAAGUCACGCAAGUGCGCGUGAAGUUCAUCGAUGAGGACCGCUACAUCAUGAGGAACGUCAAGGGCCCCGUGCGCGUAGGUGUGUGA